AUGGAGUUUCAAGGGAAGAAGCAAAGCAUUAUCUGCCUCUACUUUGUGACCCUUUGCCUCCUGGGUGACAUUUUUGCUCAAAGUAGCAAAGAAUUAAGGAAGUAUGAUAAUAAUCCACCUACUGCGAAAGUGGUUCCUGUUGGUGUGAUUCUGGAUAUGCAAUCAAGGGAGGGAAAGAUUGUUGCAGGGAUCACUGCUCUUACUGAAAUGUUCAUCUGGAGAGAUGUUAUCCUUCUAUAUGAGAGGACAGAACAUGCAGGUGACUUAAUUCCAUCGUUGAUCAAUUCCUUCCAAGAGAAAAAAAUCAAUAUUGUAUUUACAAGUACAAUUUCUGCCUCCUCAGCGACUGAACAAAUCAUUGAAGAGCUUCAAAAGCUCAAGGCAUUGGAGACUACAGUAUUUGUGGUACAUAUCUCACAUUUUGUUGUGCCUCGGCUUUUCAUGAAUGCAAAGAAGCUAGGAAUGAUGAGUGAAGGGUAUGCUUGGGUCCUGACAUCAACAAGCUUGAAUUUCUUGAAUUCUAUGGAAUCGUCUGUGAUUGAGUCAAUGCAAGGAGUGCUGGGGUUGAAGUCACAUAUUCCUAUUUCAAGGAGCCUCCACAAUCUUACUUCUAGAUUGAGGAGAAAAUUUUAUAUCGAGGAGUCCCAUAUGGAAGUACAGGAACUCAGUGCUGAUGGAAUCUGGGCAUAUGAUGCAACUUCGGUUCUAGCAGAAGCAGUUGAGAGGUCACGGAUUAAAGUUUCUACGAGACUAAACCAAAAGGAUUUAAAAGAUACUGAUUCCUAUAAGCCUGGAAGUGUGCUUCUUGAAGAGAUACUGCAAAGUAGAGUUAAAGGGGUAAGUGGUGAAGUUCAGUAUUCAAAGCAGAAGCUAAUUGCAGGCAAACUUGAGAUGGUAAAUAUGAUAGGGAAAGGGGAGAGAAGGGUUGGAAUUUUGACCUUUAAAGAAGAAAAAACAGAAGACUCACCGCCCCUUAAAAACAAAAGAAAUUUACUUUCAACCAGUGAUCUGGAAACAGUCAUAUGGCCUGGAGGAUCAUCAACCAUUCCGAAAGGUUCCAAGAAGAAACUGAUUGAAAUAAAAUUAAGAGUUGGUGUUCCUCCAAAGUCAGGGUUCGACGAACUUGUGCAGUUGAAACAUGACAUCCAAACCAAUAAAACAUAUUUCACAGGCUUCUGUAUAGACGUAUUUGAAACUGCAAUAGGAGGAUUGCCGUAUAAAGUACAAUAUGAGUUUAUUCCAUUUCAGGAUGCUGAUGGAAAUUUGGCUUGGAAUUACGAUGAUCUUGUUUACCAGGUUCAUCUCCAGAAAUACGGUGCUGUUGUUGGAGAUACGACGAUAACAUCAAACAGAUCAUUACAUGUUGAUUUUACAGUACCAUAUACUGACUUAGGCCUGGGAGUGCUAGUAGCAAAUGAAAAGGAAAACAUGUGGAUUUUCUUAAGGCCUUUUUCAGCAGACCUUUGGAUUACAAGUGCUGGUUUCUUUAUCCUGACUGGUUUUGUUGUGUGGAUAAUUGAGCGUCCUACAAACAAAGAAUUUCAGGGCACACCAUCACAGCAAAUUGGAACAAUAUUCUGGUUCUCCUUUUCAACCCUUGUGUUUGCUCAUAGGGAGAAGUUGUUGAACAAUUCAGCAAAGUUUAUAGUGGUCAUAUGGGUUUUUGUAGUGCUUAUAUUGACCUCAAGUUAUACAGCAACUUUAGCAUCAAUGAUGACAGUUAAAGAAAUGCAAUUAAAAGCCAGAGGAAACUACAUAGGUUACCAGGGAAGUUCAGUGGUCACCACACAUGCUGUACAGAACUUGAAUUUUAGUGGGGCAAAACCUUACAAUUCAGCUGAAGAAUAUGCUAAUGCUUUAUCAAGAGGGAGUAAGCAUGGUGGUGUUUCUGCUAUUGUUGACGAGGUACCAUACAUUAAGGUCUUCCUUGCAAAGUAUUCUACAGGCUACUCCAUGAUUAAAUUCGCGUCUACUACCAAUGGUUUUGGCUUUGCUUUCCCUAAAGGCUCGAGAUUGGCAAAAGACAUGUCAGUCCAAAUUGAAAAACUGAGAGAAGAAGGAAAGCUUUUAGAGAUGGAAAAUUCCUGGUUUCCUUAUGAUGCAAAUCACAUGUUUCAGGACACAACAAAUCCUCCCAAUGCUCUUACUCUCAGCAGCUUUCGUGGUUUGUUCCUUGUUAGUGGGGUUUCUUCAGCUUUCGCUCUUUUCUUGUUCUCAAUUUCCCCACUAAGAGAGAAAUGGCAACUUGUGAAGAAAUGUACACAUCUUGUUCUGGAAAAGCUGAUGAGUUUAAGGAAAUUGCUUUCUAACAGAUUUUCCAACCAAAGUGUAGAAAACAAUAGUGCAUGA